AUGGACGACAUCCUACGCUCCGUCUGGCUCGCCGAGGAGUCGCACAUGCUCGCCGCCGCGCACGCUACCGGGCGCGCGGAUCCGCGUGCGCGCGACAGGGCUGUGGGGGUGCUGUGCGCGCGCUCGCUGCGGCGGCAGAAGUCCAGUGCGGCGAUCACUCGGGUCGCUGGUAGCGCAGGGAGCGCAGGGAGGGGGUUCACUGGGGUCGCUGGGAGGGCUGGGGGGAGCAAUGGGAGCGAUGGGGGCGCUGGGAGGGGGUUCACUGGGGUCACUGGGAGCGAUAGGGUCGCUGGGACCCGCCCCUCCUGGUGGGAUUGCCAUGGGGAAGGGGCAUGGGCAGAGGUAUGGGCGCAGGUGUGGGCGCAGGUGUGGGCGCAGGUGUGGGUGCAGGUGUGGGCGCAGGGGGGCUGGGGGGAGUUUACUGGGGCGGGCAUGGUGGCGGCGGAUGGGGUUGGGGGGGCGGGGGAGAGAGGUGGGGGGACUGUGACGGCGGAGGGGGAGAAGGGCAGUCAGAUACGGGCGGGAGGAGUGGGGAUGGGGACACACUCUGAGCAGGGGGGUGAGGGGGAGUGCGGGGCGGAGGGGGAGGAAGCGCAGUGGGGAGGGGGGAGGGGCGCCGACCUCUUGCUUUGCUGCUGUGCGUGCCACACUGAGUCAAGAGUCAAGACCCUUGAUUCUUCGAGAGGAGGGAGAAUGCUGGGCGGCACAGGGAGAAUGAACACCUGCGCGCUCAGCCCUCCCCCUCUCCCCCCCUUCUUCCUCAGGCAUACACAGUGGAGCCUGAAUGCGAAGGCGUACACAGUGGAGCUGGAGGCGGAGGUGGCGCAGCUGAAGGAGGAGAACGAGCAGCUGCGCGCCCCCCACCCCACCAGGCGUACACGCGCACCCCAUCCCCCCCUUGGUGCUCUCACCCACCCCCUCGCCCCCCCCACCCCCCUCCUCUUUCAGGCGUAUACAGUGGAGCUGGAGGCGGAGGUGGCGCAGCUGAAGGAAAAAAACGAGCAGCUGCGCGCACAGCCCUUCCCCUCUCCUCUCCCCACCCCCUCAGGCGCGUACACAGUAGAGUUAGAGGCGGAGGUGGCACAGUUGAAGGAAGAAAACGAACAGCUGCGCUCCCAGCUGCUGCAGCUGCAGUCCCACACCCACGCGCACCCCAGCAUGGGCCUGGUGACGAGGGAACCACCCGAACUGGCUGGUCUCUCUCGAUGCGCCACAAACCCUCUCAACCGCAUCACACCCCCACUCAACUGCGUUACACCCCCACUCAACCGCAUCACACCCCCCACUCAACCGCCUCACACCUCCUUUCAACCCCUUCACACCUACGCGCACCAGCUCAGCCUCACACUGUGA